AUGAAUUCGAGCGACCCAGAAAAAGUGAUAGAGAAAUUGAAAAAACAUGAAGUGGUGUACUCUCGAGCAGACAAGGGAAAUGCAGUGGUUAUCAUGAAUAAACAGGAUUAUGAUACCAAAGUCCUUGACAUGAUAGCAACGGGCCCAUACGAAGAAUGCGCAUUCAAGAACGGGAAACCAAAAGAUCCUCUCAAUAUGCUGAUCGAGGAAGCCAACGUUGUCAGGCAAAGAGUUGCCAACCUUAUUGGAGAUUCGAAACUAGAAAGGAAGUUCCUUGUUCCGAACGCUAAGGUUGCAUCUUUGUAUUGUUUGCCAAAAAUCCACAAAAAUCCCAUAGCCAUGCGACCCAUUUCCUCCAAUAUUUGUACACCCACGGAAAAAAUGGCAGCUUUCAGCUUUUCAUUUGACGUCUCCGCACUUUUCCCCAGCGUCCCCACUUCCGAUGCUCUCGACAGCCUACGAAGACAUUUAGAACGCCGCCGAGUACCCCCCAAUCAGAUCGAAGCAUACAUCGCCGUCGCUGAAGUUUGCAUGAAACAAAACUAUUUCAUGUUUCGGGGUAAGUUUUAUAAACAGACCUUUGGCCUUAGUAUGGGUAGCAAACUCUCCCCCCUUCUGGCCGAAGUAUUCAUGGGUGAUUUUGAAACGGAUCUGGAGAAAAAAGAAAAACUCUUCCCCCGUGUUUGGUGGCGCUACGUAGAUGAUAUUUUUGCAUCCGUAAAAGAACGCUAUCUCCCACAGACACUCGAACUCCUCAAUAAUCAGCAUAGCUCGAUCAAGUUUACAGUUGAAAAAGAAGUUGAGGGAAAACUCCCUUUUCUUGAUUUGCUGAUUCAAAGAAAAGAGGAUAAUACCCUGAAAUUUGGAAUUUACCGUAAACCAACCUCAACGGAUAGAUACAUCACGGUCGACUCGAAUCAUUUUGGGGCUCAAAAACAAGCCGCAUUCCACUCUAUGGCACACCGGUUGUAUAAUAUUCCGAUGGAGAAGCCCGAGUUUGAAGAGGAAAAGCAGAAAAUUUACGAAGCCGGGAUUGUGAACGGAUAUGACUACGAAUUUGUUCGAAAAAUCCUUCGCAAACACGCCCGAAAAAAGCAUAGAAGUGAUACAACUACCUUCAGACCGGAAAAAGGAGAAUCUUACAGAGUUAGUCUACCAUUUCAUCCGAAACUAACUAAUGGAAUAAGUAAGAUUCUUCUACAACACGGAUUCAAAACUGCGUACAAAAGUGGGAAUACUUUGAAGGAUCGGCUAGUUUCACUCAAAGAUAGGAUUCCAGAAGAGGAAAGAUCUGGAAUUUACGAAAUUCCAUGUAAGAGUUGUCCAUCGAUUUACAUCGGCCAAACCCGCCGUAAAUUUAAAGUGCGGCUCAAAGAAUGCCGUUGA